ACAAUUUUGCUACUCACACGGAGUUAUUGCAAGUGACAUCCCCUUCAGUUUUCUAUAAAUGGGGGAUUGUAUUCGGCAGUGAAACUCCAUCAAUCUUCUAAAUUCUAAGUUGCAUCUAAAAUGUUCCUCCACUCAAAUUUACCGGGGAGCAAUCCACACUCAGACGACAGCAUUUCAGAAGAUGACGAAGAUCAAGAAGCUAAUUGCCCUAAUAUACUAGACCACACAACCAACAAGCAACAAGCACUACCUCUUUCGGCGCGGUUAGAUUUGUUAAAAGGAAGAAUAUGUAAUCAGAAUCAGCCUACCGAAUUUCAGCCGCUCGAAGAUGAGGAGGUUGAAAUGCCCUAUUUCUUUGAGGAUGACUCCCAGGACGUUUCAGUAGAUGUGGUUCCUGAGUCAGAAGACGACAAAGAUGAGAAGCCGCUCAAAGAUGAGCAGGUUGAAAUGCCCGAUUUCAAUGCGUGUGACUUCCAGGACCUCUUGGGAAUGGUGGUCCCUGAUUCAGAAGAUGACGAAGCUGAGGGUAGCACUGUCCGCUCGACUGGAUUCUUCCGUAGAGCUCCUCAAACCAGAGAUGAUAAAGUUAAAGAUACAAAAAGAAAAUCAGAAGCAUUGGUGUGUUUCAAAGAAAGCACUUCAUGUUCGGCAUCCCAUGCUACCUGCUCCAAAGCAACUUCAUAUGAUGGAAAUCAUCAUGAAGAUGAGGAUGACAUAGACAUUGAAUUUUCUGAAACUGACAUAGACACUGAUCUGGAUCCACAAGAUAAUCAAAGGAAAGGAAAUACAGUGCAGCUUUUUAAAAAGAAUAGGUCCAACUUGCCAGAGAUUGUUCCUGACAGUGAAGACUCCCCUGAACCUGUGGGCAGCAGAUCAUCAAGUGACAAUGAGAAAAUUGAGCAACACACCAAAAUUACUUUCCCUGAAAAGAAAAUGCUGACCAUGUCAGAUAGAUUUCACGAUGCUUUAAGGUCUUCGAAUGUUAGCAGUGAUAAUGUUGAAGCAAUUAAUUCUUUGAGAACUGGAAUAUGCCUAAAACUACAGCAGGUGAUUCAGAAAGAAAAAGUAAGAGACAUGGACUUCUCAAAAAUGAUACUAGCUAGAGCUAGUCCUGAAGGUGAAUUUGGCUGCGCUGAUGUAAAAAUCAUUUCAAGAUACCUGGAUGGAAAGCUGAUUGUUUGUCAAUGUUCAUUUGGCAAGUAUAACGAGAAGUCUCUUAUUCAAGAUGAAGAAUUGUGUUUUGAUGGCAAUAAUGGUGGUCAAAGAACCAUUAUAUUUAGUCCAAGAGUUUGCAACAAAGUUGUCCUUGAAGUGGGGAGCUUAGUCCGUAUUUACGCCCCGUGGAAGCAAGUUCAAGUGGGUGAUGAUAGUAUUAUCUUGUGCUCUUAUUUCUCCGAAAUUUCAUCCCCAUUUUGAUUUAUGUGGCCAGAGCAGAUCACGAACAUGUAAUGUUAUUUUUUGUUUCCUUCAAACCAAGGAAAAUCGUGCAACCCUAUGUUGAAGUGAAUAGAAUUGCAAAUUAGGUUACAUUCUUACUUUGUCUUAUUAGUUAAGAGCACUUUUGAAUUGAUUUAAAGUCAUGGUUUAUGAAUAUUUGUACUUGAGCCUGAAUGUUGCACUUGAAUUUUAUAAUACUCAUGAUUAACGAUGAAAUUUUAAUUUACUGAUUUGGAUGUA